GGCCCCCCUGCGUCCCAUGGGCGCGCCCCGCAGCCUCGUCUUCUGGAGCCUGCUGAGCGUGGUGCUGACGCAGCGGGUGAAGGUCCGGAAUGAGGUCACGGGCUACGUGGGCGAUGAGGCCAUGCUGCAAUGCCUCUUCCCCGCCACCAGCCCCGACAUCAAAGUCAGCCAGGUUACCUGGAUGAAGGAGAUGGGGGGCAAGAAGCAGAACGUGGCUGUCUAUCUCCCAGACCACAAGCCCAACUUCCCCUUGGACAACAGCGGCAGGAUCCGGUUUCUGAACGUCUCCCUGCAGGAUGCCACGCUGAUCAUCCAGCCCUUGCGCAUGAGUGACGAGGGCACCUACGUCUGUGAAUUCGCCACCUACCCUCAUGGCAACGAGGAUGGGGUCACCACGCUCAGCAUUCUGGCCAGGCCCACCAACACGGCGGAGUCGCGGAAGGUGGUGGCGGGUAACACCACGAUCCCGGUGGCCGUCUGCACCUCAGCCAAUGGCAAACCCCCUGCCCAGAUCAAGUGGGACUCUCCCCUCUCUGGCAACUUCAAUGCCUCCGAGGUGACCAAUGGAGACGGCACCAUCACCGUCACCAGCCAGUUCAACAUGGUGCCCACGGCGGCGGCAGACCAGCAGCAAAUCACCUGCGUCAUCAGCCAGAGGACACUGGCUGCGCCGGAGAACAUCCCGGUCGUGCUGUCCGUGCUGUACCCCCCCCAAGUCACUAUCGAUGGCUAUGAUGACAACUGGUACGUGAGCCGGAGUGAGGCCGUGCUGAGAUGCGCGGCCAAAGGGAACCCCAAACCCACCCAUUACUCCUGGAGCACCCCCAGUGGGCCGCUGCCCCCCACGGUGCAGGUACAGGGCGACCGGCUGGUGGUGCAGUCGGUGGACGUGGCGGUGAACACGACCUUCAUCUGCCAGGUCACUAAUAGCGUGGGGACGACACGGGUCGAGCAGACCGUCCUGGUGCGAGCUCAGCCCAACAUGGCUGGCGCGGGCACCACGGGAGGCAUCAUCGGCGGCAUCAUUGCUGCCAUCGUGGCCGUGGCCGUGGUGGCCACUGGGGUCUUGAUUUUCCGCCAGCAGCAGAAGAAUCGCACAGAGCAGGACAAUGACGACCUGGAUGGGCCUCCAGCCUACAAGCCGCCCCCGCCCCAGAAGAAGAUUGAGGACCCUGAGUUGGUCUCUAAUCCCCCCGAGGCUGAGAACAUCCCACUGAAAGCUGUCUACUUCGAGCCCAGCAUUGCGGCAGAUCCCACAGAGCCGGACCUACCGCGGUACCACGAGCUGCCUACGCUGGAGGACAAGGAGCCAGCGGCAACAACGGGGCUCAGCCUGGAGGAUGAAUACCUGGACCAGAUCAACCCAAUCUAUGACGCCCUGUCCUUCGCCUCUGGGGAGGGUGCCCCCGAGCAGGGCUUCAUUAUGUCCCGGGCCUUGUACGUCUGA